UGAAUUAAUUAUAAUAUGUCAAGUGGAAGGGGAAAAGGAAAAAAAAUGUAAUGUGAAACUUAAACAUGAUAGUUCAAUGGGUAAUGGAAUUAGUCAUUUAUGGUCUGUUCAUAAAAUAACUAAAGAUGGAAAACAACCUGCGGAUAAACAACAAAAGCUUGAUGUAAUUGAAAAACAUCCAGAAAAACGGCAAAAUACAUUUUGUCAAUUUUUGGUUAAUUGGAUUAUUGAUGAUUUACAACCUUUUUCAGUUGUUAAUAACCCAUCAUUUCGUAUUUUUUGCAAUGAAUUAGAUCCUGCAUUUUUAGUACCAGAAGCAAAAACCAUAAAGGCAAUUAUAUAUCAAGCAUAUAAUUUUACAUAUCCGAAAAUAGUAGAGCAAAUUGGAAAGGAAGCAAUAUCUGUCACUAGUCGAACGAUGUCAAAUUGGGGACCAAUCAGUAAAUCUGAUUGCUGCCAAAAGAUGGCACAAAAGGAGGAUACUCGAGUACCAAUCGGGAUAUUCAAUAGAAAGCAAUCAGGUCGAACAGAUGUCAUUGUCGCAAAAUUUGCCUGGAAUUUUUCUGGAAAAUUGAGAAUUAUCCCGGUAAAUUGGGGUAAAUUGUGUUACAAUUUUGGGAUAAUGGAGGUCUUACAAUUUGGCAAAUUUUGUCAAAAUGGCGGAAUUCCUACAGAAUUCCUAAUUCAAAUGUUGAGAAAUUUUUCAGUAAAUUAUCAUUAAAUUGUGGGAAAUUUUAGGCAAAUCUUUAGUAAUGAUAUGCAAACGAAGUGCAAAUUGUGGUGAAUUUUGUUAAAUUUUUAGUAAUUUUAUGCAAACGUAAUGCAAAUUGUGGUGAAUUUAGUUAAAUUUUUAGUAAUGUUAUGUAAACGAAGUGCAAAUUGUGG